GGUGGAGACGUCAUGGAGCGCCGGCGGUUGCCAUGGAGACGGACGCCGGGCCCGGCCCGGCCCGGCCCGGAGCUGCCGCCCCGCCGCCGCCCCAGCUCCGCCCGAUCCAUCAAUAAGCCAACAUGAACGAGGUGGUGGAGACCCUGAGGAAGAUCGAGGACAAGUACAAGCUCUUCCAGCAGCAGCAGUUCACCUUCAUCAGAGCCCUGGAGCGCAGCCGGGAGGAAGCCCAUGACUUGAUCAGGCCCGUGUCAUCCAUUGUCCAGGUGCAGUGCUACAAGGACCACCACUGCUACAACUCCACCGACAGGCGCGUCCUCAGCAUGUUCGUGUCCAUCUGCAGCGAGCUGCGCUGCCUCUGCCGCAGGAUGGAGGCGGUGCACGCCGGGGACAGCGUCACCAAGGGCCUUUUGGAGAAGUGCAAAGUGCUCCUGAACGACAGCAACGACCUCACUGCCCUGCGAGCCACCUACCCCCACCGUGUUGUGAACCUCCUGAGCCUGGAGGAAGCGAGGCAUCGCUACGGAGGGGUGGUGAGCCUGCUGCCCAUCGUGCUAGACAGCAUGAGGGAGUGGGUCACACACUCCAAGAGGAAGCUGCUCUGUGUUGUGAGUCCCUCAUGUGCCAUGUGCAAGAAGGAGACACCUGCUUCCCAAACAGAACCUGCAGUUCAGACCUCCGAUAGUAAUGAAAAUACUGUGCAAUUGCAGGAAAAAGAUUUCCAGAAAUUCCUGGCGGCAAAUCAACCUCCGCCAAAAAAGGCACCCUGGAGGCCACCAGGCAAACACCCCUAUUAAAGGAUCAGAGCUCCUGCAUCGUCUGCUCACACCUUUAAGCACCUGGCUGAUCAAAUACAGUGCAAUGAACACCAGA